AUGACGGGCUUUGAGAAGUCGGUAAAGGGGGCCACCAAGCUCAAGCUCGCGGCCCCAAAAUCUAAAUACAUUGAAACCAUCCUUGUGGCGACCCAUACCGGCGAAGCGGGCGUCGCAGAAAUCUUCCGAACCCUUCAACAUCGACUACGUGAUUCAGCAUGGACAAUCGUUUUCAAGGCCCUUAUUGUCGUCCACCUCAUGAUCCGCGAAGGCCAGCAGGAUGCGGCCCUGACCUUCCUCUCCGACAACCCGAAGAAGAUCGCGCCCAGUAACUUUUCCGAAGCACAAUCCCAGGGACACAACAUCCGGCGGUAUGCUGAGUAUCUCAUCGCGCGCGCAAAAGCAUUUGAUGCCACCCAGACGGACUACGUACGAAGCGGACCCGGGCGUUUGAAGAGACUCAGCGUGGAGAAGGGCCUCUUGAGAGAGACGGAGUUUGUUCAGAAGCAGAUUCGCGCAUUAUUGCGAUGCGAUCUUCUGACGGAUGAGCCCGAAAACGAGAUUAGUUUGACUGCGUUUCGCCUCCUGACGCUCGAUCUUUUGGUAUUGUAUUCGGUUAUGAACGAGGGCACAAUCAAUGUCUUGGAGCAUUAUUUCGAAAUGUCAAGACCGGAUAGCGAACGCGCGCUGGCAAUCUACAAGAUGUUUACAAAGCAGACGGAAGAAGUCGUGCAGUUCCUGGGCGUCGCAAGACAUUUCCAGUCUGCUACCCGCUUGGAAAUCCCGAAACUCAAGCAUGCUUCCACAGACUUGACGCGCCUCCUCGAGGAUGAUCUGAACGACCCGGACUUUGACCUCCGCCGCCGAGAAUAUCUUGCCGGGAAAGGAAUCAAGCAGAAAGAGCCGCCUUCCGUCGCAGCCCCCUUCGCAAGCACUCAAGCUCAAGCUCAGGCUCAGGCUCAAGCCCAAGCCACAAGGAAUCCAACCAAGCUCCCGGAACAGAAGAAGCCCCCACCCCCGGAUUUGAUCGACUUCUUUGAAUCGAUCGAGCAGAACCAGCAGCCAAUGGCUCAGCAGACCCCCGCGCAGUACCAGCAAACCGGCUACCAACAACCGGGCUUCCAGCAACCGCCGCAGCAGGCGUUCUAUCCUCAGCAGACUGGGUUCCAACCCCAACAGACAGGUUUCGUGCAGCAGCCCCAGGCGACGGGACAUGGCCAGGCGAAUCCAUACGGCGUGGCUUUCCCUCAACAGCAACAGCAGCAAAUCACCGGAAACCCAUUUGGACAGCCACCAGCGCAGCAGCUCCAAGCUCAGCCCACUGGUGCCGGGUUUGGAGGAUACGGUCCCCAGCAAUACGGGUAUCAGCCGCAGCUUGCGCCCAUUCCCCAGAAUGGGACUGCUUCAUUCCCUCAGCAGCAGCAACCCAUGCAACAGCUGCAGCCCCCCUCGACACCAACAAAUCCCUUCCGGCAAUCAAUGCUGGCAAAUCAACCUACUGGUGGUGCUGCGCCAGCGGCCGCCCCCCUACAACGGCAGAAUACCAACCCAUUUGCCAAGCGUCUUUCCAUGGCACAGUUCAACACUGGGGUACCUGAGCAAGCUCCUCAGCUCCCGCCACUUCCUCAAGCGCAACCCCAAGCGCAACCUCUAGCUCCGUCGCAACCGCCAGCCCUUCAGCCCCAGCGGACGGGAACCAACCCAUUCGCUCGGGCAUCUUCCGUGCCGCCUCCACAGAAUGCGGGACUCCAGCCCCUCCAACCCAACCCCACAGGGAGUACCAACCCCUUCCGACAGAGCCAGUUUAUCAAUCAGCAGACCGGACAAGGGUGGCAACAAAGUGGACAGAAUGGUACUAUGGGCGGCUUAGAACAGCUAGACACUGUGCCCAUCUUCCCGCGACCGGGCAUGACCUAA